CGCGCGGGGUCGGCGGCGGCGGCGCGGGAGGCGAGAGCGAGGCCCAGGCCGAGGCGCGGGCCCAGGCCCGGCGGACGCGGCCCGAGGCGGGGGCGGCAGCCGCCGGCGUUCCUGCAGGCCCCGAUCGGUCAGCGCAGGCUCCGGGACCCGGGAGGAGCCCCGGGAGACGGACCUGGGCGACCCCGGCGAGGGACGCGGUGACCCGCCGGGGCGCGCGCCCGCGGCCCCUCUCCCUCGUCACGGGCGGCCGCGCAACUUGCAGCCAAACUUUCCCCCCCAGCGCGGGCUCCUCCGGCGCUCGGAUGACGGCGACCCGUUAAGUUGGCCCCGGCGCGGCGGCCGAGCGGCGGCCAGGCCGGAGGGCGCCCCCAGCGCAGCCCGGGCCGGGCCAUGGCCCGCGCGCCCCGAUCGGGGCCCCAGGGCGGCGGGGCGCGAGUCCUGGCGGCCCCUGGCCCACGCCUCUAGCGCGCCCCCUCCAGCCCCGCGCACGCGUGGGAAAGUUGGCCUGGAACCGGCCCGACCAGUUCCGCCCGGACGCGCGGACCGGGGCCGCAGGAAGUUGCUGCAAAACUUUUUUAGGGGGUGCAGCUGGUGGCCCCCAGUGCGUCGGGGCCGGAUGCGCGCUGGGUAGGGUCGCCGCUGCUCCCUCCGGUGCCCGGAGGAGGGAGGAAGAGCUCCGAGGAGGAGGAGGAGGACAAGGGCGCCCCGGCCCCCUCUGUCCUGGGGCUACUAUGGCCAUGGUGACCGGUGGCUGGGGCGGCGGCGGCGGCGGCGACACGAACGGCGUGGACAAGGCGGGCGGCUACCCGCGCGCCGCCGAGGACGAUUCGGCCUCGCCCCCCGGCGCGGCCAGCGACGCGGAGCCGGGAGACGAGGAGCGGCCGGGGCUGCAGGUGGACUGCGUGGUGUGCGGGGACAAGUCGAGCGGCAAACACUACGGCGUGUUCACCUGCGAGGGUUGCAAGAGUUUCUUCAAGCGCAGCAUCCGUCGUAACCUGAGCUACACCUGCCGGUCCAACCGUGACUGCCAGAUCGACCAGCAUCAUCGCAACCAGUGCCAGUACUGCCGCCUCAAGAAGUGCUUCCGAGUGGGCAUGCGCAAGGAGGCGGUGCAGCGCGGCCGCAUCCCGCACUCGCUGCCCGGCGCGGUGGCCGCCUCCUCCGGCAGCCCCCCGGGCUCGGCGCUGGCCGUGGCAGCAGCGGCGGCCGCAGCGGCAGCAGCUGGAGGAGGCGGCGGCGGCGGCGGCGACCUGUUCCCGGGGCAGCCGGUGUCGGAGCUGAUCGCGCAGCUGCUGCGGGCCGAGCCCUACCCGGCGGCGGCGGGGCGCUUCGGCGGCGCGGGCGCGUGCGGGGCCGGCGGCGGGGGAGGCGGCGGCGGCGCGGGAGCGGCGGGCGCCGUGCUGGGCAUCGACAACGUGUGCGAGCUGGCGGCGCGGCUGCUCUUCAGCACGGUGGAGUGGGCGCGCCACGCGCCCUUCUUCCCGGAGCUGCCCGUGGCCGAUCAGGUGGCGCUGCUGCGCCUCAGCUGGAGCGAGCUGUUCGUGCUGAACGCGGCGCAGGCCGCGCUGCCCCUGCACACGGCGCCGCUGCUGGCCGCCGCCGGCCUGCACGCCGCGCCCAUGGCCGCCGAGCGCGCCGUGGCCUUCAUGGACCAGGUGCGCGCCUUCCAGGAGCAGGUGGACAAGCUGGGCCGCCUGCAAGUGGACUCGGCCGAGUACGGCUGCCUCAAGGCCAUCGCGCUGUUCACACCCGAUGCCUGCGGCCUCUCGGACCCCGCGCACGUAGAGAGCCUGCAGGAGAAGGCGCAGGUGGCGCUGACCGAGUACGUGCGUGCCCAGUACCCGUCGCAGCCCCAGCGCUUCGGGCGCCUGCUGCUGCGCCUGCCCGCCCUGCGCGCGGUGCCCGCCUCCCUCAUCUCCCAGCUCUUCUUCAUGCGCCUGGUGGGCAAGACCCCCAUCGAGACGCUCAUCCGCGACAUGCUGCUGUCGGGGAGCACCUUCAGCUGGCCCUACGGCUCCGGCUAGCGCCCCCAGACCCGCCACCUG